GUGCCGUGAUGCAGCACUACGGGGUGAAUGGCUACUCCUUGCACGCCAUGAACUCUCUCAGUGCUAUGUACAACCUGCACCAGCAGGCAGCUCAGCAGGCCCAGCAUGCCCCGGACUACCGGCCCUCCGUGCACGCACUGACACUGGCUGAGCGCCUGGCUGGCUGUACAUUUCAAGACAUCAUCUUGGAGGCCCGCUAUGGCUCCCAGCACCGCAAACAGCGUCGCAGCCGCACUGCGUUCACGGCUCAGCAGCUCGAGGCUCUGGAAAAGACCUUCCAGAAGACUCACUACCCAGAUGUGGUGAUGCGCGAGAGGCUGGCCAUGUGUACCAACCUGCCGGAAGCCCGCGUGCAGGUGUGGUUCAAGAACCGCAGGGCCAAGUUCCGGAAGAAGCAGCGCAGCCUGCAGAAAGAGCAGUUGCAGAAGCAGAAGGAGGCCGAGGGCGCCCAUGCAGGGGGCAAGAGCGAGGCCCCCACUCCCGACACCCAGUUGGAGACUGACCAGCCGCCCACCUUGCCCAGCGGCGAUCCCCCUGCUGAGCUUCACCUGAGCCUGUCCGAGCAGUCGGCCAGUGAGUCAGCCCCCGAGGACCAGCCGGACAGGGAGGAGGACCUCCGGGCAGGGGCUGAAGACUCCAAAACGGAGCAGAGUCCUGCGGCUGAGAGCAAGGGGCUGGGCUGCAAGAGGGGCAGCCCCAAAGCAGAUUCCCCGAGCACCCUGGCCCUGGCACCUGCAGCCCCAGGGGGUGGCCUCCUGGGCCCCUCCCACUCCUACUCAUCCUCCCCGCUGAGCCUCUUCCGGCUGCAGGAGCAGUUCCGCCAGCACAUGGCAGCCACCAACAACCUGGUACACUACUCGUCUUUUGAAGUGGGGGGUCCAGCCCCUGCGGCCGCCGCAGUGCCCUACCUGGGUGUCAACAUGGCCCCACUGGGCUCACUGCAUUGCCAGUCCUACUACCAGUCUCUGUCCGCGGCUGCAGCUGCCCACCAGGGUGUGUGGGGGUCCCCACUGCUGCCCGCACCCUCGGCUGGCCUGGCACCUGCCUCGGCGGCCCUGAACAGUAAAACUACGAGCAUCGAGAACCUGAGGCUUCGGGCCAAGCAGCAUGCGGCCUCGCUGGGACUCGAUACACUGCCCAACUGACUGCUGGCAGCUUGCCCAGCCAGGGGUCCUGGGUGCCCUCUCCCAGCCCCCUGGACACCCCUCCACAGCUCGAAGUGUUCACUCCAAGAGCCUAGGAAUCCCAGAAUCUUCUCCUGGAACCCUCUUCCCCAGAGCCCCCACCCUGUGGAGCCUCCCUCUCUCCACACCCUCUGCAUGACCCUGCUCGAUCUUAGGGGCGAGGCUGGGGGGCAGUGAGAGGAACUCAUGGCCAGACCCCCACCAGUGCCACCUCCUCCCUGCCCUCUCUCCCUGCUGCUCCUAGUCAAUUGGUGUGUGGAACGUGAGAUAUAAAUAUAAAUAUAUAAAGCUCUA